GAUAUGCUUCAACGAGAACCGCGACCUUGACGGCGUCCUGUCUUUCCUACACUCGCGAUACUGAUCUCUGGCACUCUUUUAGUUUGAGGGCUAAAACCCCACGGCCUCUCAUUCCGCUACUGCUUUUCUCGCUUCUGAGGGUCUUCCAGUCAGCACUCACAAAGGUUACAACCUCUCUCUUCCACUGCUUGUAUAAAUGCCACGACAGAUGGACUGCCCCUCACACCUCUUCUUUCCCUCUUCCACAACAUUCCUUUUCGCAUAAGCAAGUUCAGGUAGCCUCGCUUUCCAAGAACACCGACGUGAAGAUGAUUAUCCCCGAGGUCACGGCGCUAAGUGCCAAUAUGCAAGUCGCGAGAGCUCUCCCAGCUCACCUGCUCCCCAACGCGGACGCCAUCUUCGCCAUGGAGAAAGAGUUCCCCACACGCAUCGUCCUCGACCUCUACACCAACGAAAUCGGCACCUUCUCCACCUGGGGCCGAAAGAACUACACCGACAUCACCGUCACCCCAACCGGUCCGGACGGCACCGUUGUCGAGCAGCCCUCGUCCGCCAUGUGCGGCGAGAACGAGCUCGUCUGCGACAAGGGCCACCAGGCCAUGGCCGGCGUCUGCUCGCACCUCAUCAACGUCCUCAAGAAGGACAAGGCCACCGACAUGGUCCGCGGCACCCCGCAGGACUACUGUCUCGAGAUCGAGACAGCGCGGUGCUGCGUCAGCUGGACUGCGUUCAUUGAUAAGCCGACGCCCGUUGCGGAACUUUUGCCUGCCGCGGAGAUGGUCUAUGAUAACUGCCGUGACAACUUUCGCAGCUACGUCUCUGGCAAGGUGUAUGGUGUUAUUGUGGGCACAUACUGCAUGGACCAGUGCCUUUCUGAACGGCCGGAUGGCUGCUGAUCGUGGUCUCGAAUUUGGGAGCGCGGGGUUUUCUGGAUCAUGGUUCUAAUGUUUAAUGCUAUGGGCACUCCUGCUUUGGGAAGAGGGCCAGGUCAGGUCAGGUUUCAUUCACGCUUGCUACUCUAUACGCAUCUACCUAGUACUAUCACGUCUUGUCAAUUGCUUCGUACAUAUUUGUCGAAGUCAUAGUAUUCGGCCCUGUCAACAUUUCAUCAAUGGCUUAAGGUUCUAGAAUAAUAGCGCAAGUUAAAAAGUUUAGUCGAUGAA